CAGCUCUCAGUCUAUCAAAAGGGCUCUUGUGUCUGUAUAUUUCAUGAGAUCAUAACAUCAUCAACCACACCUUCUUGAUGACAUCUUUUUGGGGGUGGUUUUUCGAAGUUUAGACUUCAUGGAUCAAGAAACUCAUUCGCAGCCACAAGAUGAUAAAGAACUGUCAGGCCUCAUUGGCCAAACUCUGCUGGGGCUCCGGGAUGCUGUCGCCUUGGUGAUCUCAAAUGCCCGUCAGAAAGUGAAACAGGGAUUUAUUCUGGUCUUUGUCGUCAUCCUGCUCCUCUGGAUCGCCGCGUUUUUAUACGGCAGUUUCUACUACUCUUACAUGCCCUUGGCGACCUUUUCCACACCUGUGCACUAUUAUUACAGGACAGACUGUGAAUCUCCUGCGUCUUUUGUGUGCUCUUAUCCAAUGGCCAACAUCUCUCUGAUGAGGAAUAAGAAACCUGUGCUGACAGUCGGCCAAGUCUAUCAGAUGUCUCUGCAGCUGGAGAUGCCUGAUUCUCCGACCAACCAUGAGUUGGGGAUGUUCAUGAUCAAGACAACCUGUUUCUCUCGGGACGGAGAACAAAUUGCCUCCUCUGCUCGCCCUGCAAGACAGCUGUCGACCUCCAGCUCUCGCUUUAGCAUGCUGCGAUACCGCUCAGACCAGCUGAGGUACCUCGGCACGCUGCUGUUCCUCCCAGCCUUUCUGACCGGAAUCGCUGAGCAGAAACAAGUGCUGGAGGUGGAGCUCUUCUCAGACUUCAAGGACGACCCUUAUAUCUCCUCGAUUACGGCCGUCAUUGAGAUCCUGUCCAGCAAGGUGCAGAUCUACUCAUCUCAGCUCGAUAUUCAUGCCCACUUCACUGGUAUGAGAUACUUGUUGUUCAACUUCCCUCUCCUGUCAGCCAUGGUGGGCGUGUCCAGUAACUUCAUCUUCCUGAGUGUCAUCUUUGUCCUCUUCUACAUGAGGCUGCUUCUGAGAGUGGAUUGGGGACCAGAGCAGAUCAGACCAGAUGGACUGCUGUCAGAUAGGGAUAGGAACACAAACAACAACCAUGAAGAGGAGGGAAACGAUGCUGUUGCAGGUAUGCAGAUCUGAUGUCACCUUAAAAUUACCCCCACAAAUCUGAGACGAGCGAGGCGCCAUCCUUUGGCGUCAACACAGAGGAGCAGAACAGACAGGUUCACCGUCAUAUUAAAACAAAUGAAACAGAAGCAGCCUGAGGCCAUUAUUACAGGAGCGAUGACAAGAUGUAAGGAGGAAGAUUUAAGAGAGAUUGGUGGUUGAAAAGGA